CCGACUUCUUGCAUGCAAACAGGAGAUUUCUUCUAGAGAUAAGGGACUUACUGUACCAUCUUUUUGGGAAUCGCAUUAGUGUUAAUCACAGCUUUGCUGAGAAGAUAGAUAUUGUUCUGCAGGUAACAAUCUAACAUCUCUCAGAAGAUAUUUUCUGGGCUGCAGAAAUGAUCGGUGAAACAUAAGAACAAACCCUCUAUCUAUAUAUAUUUGAACAGUUUACCAAACAAAGCAAGGCAUAAAGCACUCCAGAGCAAUUACAGACAAAGAUUAAUGCAACGUUGCUGGCUUUAGUUCGUCAUUAAAUGGAAGAAAUUAUGCCAGCUACUAAAUUUGUGCAAUGUACUCUGGGAUAUAUUUCUGAAGACGCAAUUUUCCUCCAACAAAUUAAUGUUUGUGCCCUUAUUAAUAAUGCUGCAAGGAAGGAAAAAAUAUUUAAAUGGCUGUAACAGCAAGACUUAGCAGAAAUUACUCAAAAUGAAAUGUUGCUAUGUACUAUAGAAAGUGCUAUUAAAAAAUAGAGUGACAAUUUAGUUCUCAGUGACAGUAAUUCCGUAUUAAUCAUAUUUAUUCAGUAUUUAAUUAUAUGUACAAUACUGUCACAUAUUAAAUGUAAACAGGAAAGUAGAUUCACUUUUCUUAAAACACCAUCACUUUGUAUCGAUGAAAAAACAUCUUGUUUGUUGAUGAAACUUAAUCUCAAAGAGUAGGUUAUAUGAGAAAGACAAAAACAUUACAAGGAUUUGUCUGGAAAUAUCGAAGAAAAUAAGGCUCUAAAAUGAGCCCCUCUACAAAACAUUUUAUGGACUUGGUUAAAUUAUGGCUUCGUUUUCAGAUACAUUUUAAGUGAUCCACUGGAAUGGGUCACAAAGAAACAAGCUGUAUAGCCAACGAGCCCUACAACUCAAUGGAACAGAAACCACUAAGGGUGCGGCCUGCACUGCUGAAAAGAAAAAGUCUUGACACUUCCGACAAUACAAAGCCAUCUAACCACAGAAGAAACAAGUCUCAGCAAGUACGCUUUAAGGAAGACAGCACAAGUACUACUUCUCUAGGUUGUGCCCCACUGGUAACAGAGCCAGGUGAAAACGUUCCACUAGUAAAUGGAAGAGAUGAAAGGUGCCACAACAUAUCAAUGUGUCUGCUGGCUAAUCCUGAGUCCCAAUGUGGACUUCAAAACAUUGCUAUACAGACUUCCCCAAGCCUGAGAAAACAUUUUCCAAGCUUUAAGACAAAAAAACUUAUAGCUAGCAAUCCUAUAAGACAAUUCGCUAAAGAGCCAAGCUGUUUCCUGAGUAAUGGGGACCUUUCAGAAGAAGAAGUGGCAGCUCAGCUAUCCCAUUUGAGAAUAGUCGAACAAUUAGAAGAUGGCUUCAAACAUGUGAGUAGACAUGGUUCUGUUAAACAAACAUUACCCAAAGCACAAAGCAAUGGACCUAUCAGUGAAAGCUCAGAAUCAGAAUCUGUUGAACUGUUUGAGAAAGUCCCAGCCUUUACACUUGUACCCGAUAAUAAGACUGAAAACACUUCCAAGGGUUAUGGGAAUGAAUAUUCAGAAAGAUCUCAUGAAAAUACUUCACAAACUUUGAAGGUCACACCAGCGAAACAAACUAAACCAAAACACCAACAAGGCUUUUGUCAUUCAAAGCAAAGUAUAAAUGAAGAAUCAUCACCAUCACUGAAAACACAUAUUGACUUGAAUAGAACUGCAUCUGUAACACCUUCUUUUAAUAGCAGUGUCUGUAAUCAUCUUCACUCAGAGCACCAGCAAUUGGAAAACUCCACCAAAGGUUCAGAAAGUGAACCUCGGGUCAGUGAUAAUCAAGCAUUCGUACCAUUUCCGAACAAUACUGGAAUACAAACUAAUGCAGAAACAGUCGUAGCAACGGAGACAAAUACAAAUCGGCUGGAUUCCUCCCAGCCCUGUAGUGGCAUACAAAGUAUCUCAUGCUUUCCAAAGAGUGAAGAACAAUGUGAUACUAACAAGGAAAGCAAAGAAGGAAACCAAAGCCAGAAGGCACAUGGCGAAUUCUGUUCCUUACAAGGUAAACUACAAACCAUAGAAGAAUCCUUGCAAUCAAACAAAGAGAAGAUUAAGAUCCUUUUGAAUGUAAUUCAAGAUCUGGAAAAGGCCAGAGCUCUCAAUGAAGGACGCAACUUCUACCGAACUGGACAAGAUUUAAACAACUGCAGCACUUGCCAGAGCACAGCUUGCAUUAUUUACAGUGUAGAAUAUGACUUCAGGCAACAAGAAGGCAGAUUCCUCCAUAUUCUGAAAAUGCUGGAUGAAGUGGAACAAAGCCCUGUUUUGCCUCCUGUACAGAAACCUGAACCUGAUAAUGUCAUUCCCGAAAAACAAGACUUCAGAAAAAAAGCAAAGAAAGUGAAAAAGAAAUGUUUUUGGUGGAUUUAAAAUACAAUACAAUAGAUGAACUCGAACUUCUGAAGCGGCUGGCCUGAUCUCUUUGUGGUAUAAUAAACUGUAAGACAAUUAUUUGUUUUUCACAUUUGCUCACCCUAAAUAGUUUUCCUAUUAGGAACAGGCUGUUAUAACAAAAUUGAGCAUAUAUAUAUUUUUGUUUGUUUAAUACACAACAUGUAAAUAAAGUAUUUGCACAUUU